GGAGAGAAGGAAAAUGGGAUGAGGUUUCGUAUGCAGACAUGUUUUUCACCCUCCGAAACCAUCCGGAGUGGCAAAGGGACUGUGGAAUGGUACCCCCACAGGACCCCAUGGUGCUUGCACUUGAGCGAGAGAACAACAAGGAGUUUAGAGGUAAACUGAGGCGGUGUUGUUCAGCAUAUAGUAUUGGACAAAGAUGUACAAAGACAAAUAAAAUUCAUCAGGCACCAGAACAAGGUCUAACUGAUUUGUUUAAGCCUCCCCCUCGACCACAGGAACAGGAUGCAGACUCGGAUAGAACUCCAACCCCCCCGGACAGCCCUGUAUCUUCCCGUACUAGGAAGAAAACUACCUCAACAGCUUUACAAGCACCUCUCCGAGAGGCGGUGGGGCCGGAUGGUGGGACGAUGUUAAUCAAAGUACCCUUUUCUACUGCUGACCUAGGGGAAUGGAAAAAGGUUGCAAAAGAUUAUAGGAGUGAUCCGGGGUAUCAGGAUUGGAUUACAAAAGGAAUGGAGAGAGCAAUCCCCAAAACUAUAAAUUGGUCAGCUUUAUAUGCAGUUAAACAGAGUCCUUCCGAGUCUCCAUUCGAAUUCCUGGAUCAACUGAGGGAUGUAAUGUGCCGCAGCACACCGCUGGACCCUGGGUCAGAGAUUUGAAGGAUGCUUUCUUUUGCCUCCCUCUCCAUGAAGCCAGCCAAAAAUUAUUUGCAUUUGAAUGGGAAAACCCCAAGAGUGGUCGAAAGACCCAGCUCACUUGGACGGUGUUGCCACAAGGAUUUAAGAAUAGUCCUACCAUUUUUGGCAAUCAGCUUGCGAAAGACUUAGAAUCCUGGGAAGCCCCGUC